CUUUUUACUCUCACACCCAUAGCCACCCACUUUUGUCCUCUCUCUCUCUCUCUCUCUUUCUCCUUCCCUUUGAUCUCUUUCUCAAAUAUCUCAACUAUUUUUACCAGAAGAAAUAAGAUCAUCAACAUACAAAAAAGAAAAAUUUGAGAAGAAGUAGACGAAAUACUAACCCUUAUUGCCCUUAUUGAUCUUCCAAUACUGCAUGACCUUCAACCUCUCUCACACUCCAUCUUCAUAUCUCUCUCCCUUUUGAAUAUCAACCCCUAAACCUAAAAAUCGAUCACAAUUAUAUUUUCAAACCAAGGAAGAAGGAAAAUGAUGAAAGAUCUUUAAUGGGUAGCAGAGUUCUUUGAGAGUUUCAUUUCACAUUUCCAAAAUCCUAAAGGAAAGAAGAAAAUGGGAUCUUCAAACUAUAAUCUCAACCCUUUUCAUUGUUUUCCUUCUUCUACUUCUUCCACUACUAAUUCCUACAAUCUCCCUCCCUCCAUUCCUUCACUUCUCAACUCUGACCCUUCAUCCAGCAACACUUCGACUAUCAACUUCCAUCACCAACCCCAUCAAGAUCCACUCUCAUUUCUAGCUCCCUAUUUUCCCAUUGCUCAUUUCUCCGCGUUGGCACCUCCCGAAACGGCCGUGAUCAAUUUUGCAGUAGCAGGGAACAACAUUCAAGCUCUCGGUGAUAUGGUUAUCCCGAGCGCUCCUGGAGCAGGGACAACGGGGAUGGGGAAGAAGGAUCGGCAUAGCAAGAUUUAUACAGCUCAGGGUUUGCGCGAUCGAAGAGUGAGAUUGUCCAUUGAUAUAGCUCGCAAGUUCUUUGAUUUGCAAGACAUGUUAGGGUACGAUAAAGCAAGCAAAACCCUAGAGUGGCUUUUUAGCAAAUCCAAAAAAGCAAUUAAAGAGCUUUCAAGGACCAAGAGUGGAAAUCUUGGGGUUCAUGGAGGGGCUAAAAAAUUUUCUUUGGUAGCUGAUUCUUCUGAUGUUGAAGAAGAAUAUGAUGAUGAUAAAGAAGGAUGGGAGCUGAAGAUGAAAUCAAUGUUGAGCAUUGAUGAACAAGAGAAAGUGAGUAAAGAGAAAGUUGAAGGUUUUAAUCUUCUUGCUAAAGAAUCAAGAGCCAAAGCCAGAGCAAGAGCCAGAGAGAGAACCAUGGAGAAGAAGCAAGUUGACAACAGGAAAGUUUACGGUCAUCAGAAGGGCGGCGCCCAAGAAGUUUCGAAUCAUUGGAGUAAGCAUUUGAAUCAUAGCACUGAAACUUCAAAUCUGUCAAUGGAGGAAUCCUCGUUCAUUAACAAGAGAAAGAUCAUUUAUUCUAAGAAGUUCAUCAACCACGACAACUACAGUGAUAAAUCGCGUCGAGAUGACGAGAAUGCCGAAACCUCUCAACGGAAGCUUUUGGAUCAGAUGAAGGCUUCAAAGAGGAAAUGGAAACCUUCCAUUAUUUCUGGUUCUUCUCAAAGAAAUUUUCUCAUCUCCAUUGACGGUAUUCCCAUUAACUUAACUCAAAAUUUGGAUACCAAUAGCAACCCCAAUUAUCCUAUUGCCAAGUAAAAUUUUAUUAACAGUUUUACAAAUCAAGGGUGGAAUGCAGUCAACAAUGUCAAAACGUGGCCUGUUUUAGAUUGGUUUUUCUUCAACUACUACUUGAAUGUUCUUUUAGAUUUAUGAUAUUAUAACAAUUAAAGACUGAUGAUUAAGUUUUUUCUUGCUUUAUUAUAAUCACUAAAUCAUGUUCGAUCCAUUA